CGCGAUCCACUCAAAAUCGAAGACAAAACCAAGUUAAAUUACUGGUUUUCCAAUUUCGUUCUAUAAAUAGCGUUGACAUAAGCAGUAACUUUCUGUCGGCGAUAUCAGCCGAAUGUUUCCGAAAACAGUCGUUUCUUUUCGUGAAAUAGCAUUGUAAUUCCAAUUUUCUCCGAGUGACCUCGGCAGUUUCCGCGCUAACAAAAACUUUGAUGGCGGAAAAGGCCAGUUUUCGCCGAGGACUUACGGUCAGUACCCUUUACGACUUUUACGACAUACCGCAAAUUGGAAGCAAAAGUAAACAAAAAAAUUAAUCGAAAUACUGCUGUCAAAAUUGAACAAUGAAGUUUCUACCCCCAGGGUAUAAUACUAAAGAGCUUGAACAGCCUGCGAAAAACAAAUGGAGGUGGCAAUGGCUGUCAGAAGUCGAUUCGAAGGGUGUGAAAUGGUCCGAUUGGCUCCAAAAGAUAGAAGUAUGUGGUGUGGCUUUUUGCAGUCUGUGUGGGAAAACAAUCAACUACAAAUCAAACGGAAAGAAAGCACUCAAACUUCAUUGCGAAGAUGCAAACCAUUAGAAAAACCAUAGGGUAGUGAAAACCAAUACGGUCCUGCCUGGGUCUUCACAAGCCAGUAAGCAGUCUGAGUCUAUGCUAGACAGGGUCGCCAAGCAACGUGCCAUUACAGCAUCUUUCCUGAGUGAACAUUGCCUGCCAUUCACAUUGGCACCAGAGCUGUUAGAGUUUGCAAAACGGUUGAGUCAAGACAAACAAGCACUAGACAAGACCACCAUUUCUAAGACUAGUGCUACUUACAUAAACACACAUGGCGUUGCAAAAAGUUUGAAGGAAGAACUAAAAGAUAAAUUGAAAGGCCAGGUGUUGUCAUUAAAUUGUGAUGAGGCCACAAACAACAAUAAUGACAAGAUAUUGAAUGUGCUCAUUCAAUACUUUGACGAAGAGACAGGGAAAAUUGAAAUUGCUCAUCUGGGAUCCAGGAAGCAGAACUUAGCGACUGCAGCCAAUAUCUUGAAAUCCCUUGAAAGUAUAUUGGCUGAAUAUGCUAUUGAAUGGACUCAGGUAGUAAGUGUUUUAAUGGAUAAUUGUUCAACAAUGAGGGGAGUACGAGGAGGUGUUGAAACACUUAUCAGACAGAAAAAUCCCAACCUGCUUGAUGUCAGUGGUGACACUGUGCACAUGGUGAACAAUGUCGCGAAAACCCUACUCAACUGUGUUGACCAGGGUGUACCAAUGUUUUCAUCUGACUUGUAUUAUGACAUUGAAGAGUCUCCAAAAGUACAAGAGAUAUUCAGUGAAGUACAGAGCCUGAUGAAUGUGCAAACUCCAAAGCACCUCAUUAGACCAAUUUCAAGUCGGUUUCUGCAGAUGAACGCUGUGGCAUCAAGGCUAAUGGAAUGCGUUGAUUCGCUGACUGUCUACUAUUAUGGCUUCCUGUCAGAAGAAGAAAAGGAGGGAUACAGUUCGCCAAUUGUAAAGGUGAGAUUAUCUACUGUAACUUGUGGCUUUUGAAUACUGUUUGAAUUAAAAGAAAACAUAUUUGUGUGAAAAUUUGUACAGUUACGCAAAAAUGAUGAUCAUUUAUAAUGAAUUAUUAAAAUGGUGUUUUAAUACUAAGAAUAGUUUUGAAAAGCUACAAGUUGUAUGUUGUAUCCUUAACAUAUAUGUGCAUAUUAUAUAUAUAUAUAGUACUAGACUCCUUAAAUAUAUUUGUGGUUGCUGCUUUUAUAGUCUUCUUCUUCAUUUAUAGUCUGCCUUUUAGUUCAAAUUGACAUACGCUUUUAUAGUUUGUAAUUACUAACCUCUCUAUAUGUAGUUAGCUUAUUGUAAAAUUUUAUACAGAGUUAAGAAAUGCUUAAUAAGAAUACAAAAAAAGAUAACAGAAAAGGCUUAUUUAUUUAAUAAAUUCCCUUAAAUAUUUAAAAGGAUAAAAAUAUAUUAUUGCUGAAUGUAUGUAUAUAUUGAUUAAAAUAACACAUGUCUGAUAUGUCACAUGAUCAAGCAACAUUUAAACUUAAUGAUGUUUUAAAGCGAUUUUUAUCUAGUAUAUACUUAAAAGAUGGUUACAUGGUCUGGUUAUAAAUAUUAUUGAUCUAUAAUUUCUUUAAUGACUUUAUGUACGUUUUUAGGCAGCUGAUAAGCCAGAUCUUUCAAGAUCACAAUGUCUCAGACCAAGCACAGGCAGCCAUCAUCCUUCUUCAGCUGUCACAGGAGAGGCAGCACAAGUCAGUCACGAGCAAUGAGCGCAAGGAGGGGAUCCUAGACAGUCUUUUCCAUAAUAGGAGGGAAACACUGGUUAAGAUCAAUCUGUUUAGGGGUCUACUGGAUGUGUUUCAAGGGUUUGUGAAACAGUUCCAGAGUGAAAAACCCUUGAUUCACACUCUUCACACUAGAAUGACAGAGGUAGCCACAGAACUGUUGGGAAUGUUUAUGAAACCUGAGAAAAUUCCAGACAGUAUCACUAAGUUGAUGAAAUUAGAUGUCACUGACAGAACUCUCCAGAAACCGGACAGAGGUAUUGGUGUAGGGAAAUAUGCAUAUACUGAACUCAACAAAGCAAGAAUAGACAAAUCAUGCAGGCACUGGGUUCAAAAUCUGUAUGCUAACCUCCGACAUGGGUAUGUCAUGGCUGCCAAAAAAAUGCUAAAAAUGCCAAUUGACAACAAAACACUGCGUUGGAUGACUGCCUUGGACCCAGACUUAGGUAACCACAGUCAAACCUCUAGUGCCUUAAAGCGAUUAGCUAGUUGCUUGCCAAAUGUGUUUUCUGACGAACAGAAUGGGCAUCUAGCUGAAGAGAUUGACAAGUACUGUGUUGAUCCACAAGUGAAGGAUGUGAGGUCGGAGUUCAAUGAGGAGGACAGAAUUGAUACUGGCUUCUGGACCAAAGUGUUCAAAAUAAAAACUUUCACAGAGGUCCGCUACCCAAUGCUGAAGAAGCUUGUUAUGGCUCUACUGACCAUCUUUAGCGGACCUUUGAUUGAAUCCACAUUUAAUAUCAUGGAUGAUAUCAUAGAAAAAGACAGGACCCAGCUAACAGUGGUCAACUAUGAAGCUGUGGCCAUUGUGAAGACUUCCCUAAAGAGAAGAGCUGAAAAAAGCACUAAAAUGAGAGUUAGUAGAAGUAUGAUAAAAGCUUGCAUAAAUGCAUAUGCAUCUUAUCAAGACUAUCUGAAAAGAAAAAGGGAAGAAGUGGAAAAGAAAAGGACAGAGAAAUUGAACAGCUCUAUUCAAAUGCUGAAAUUGGAGAAAGCCAGUAGAAUAGCCAAGUUAGUGAGACUGAAAAACAGAAUAGUCAACAGAAAAAGGAAAGCCACUAGUGGUUCUAGUUGUGGACACCAGUGGAAACGAAUUAAAUCAAUAUAGACAGGCCAUCAAAAAUUCAGUUUAGGGACUGUGAUAUAUUUUGUAAAUGCUUUUAACAAUAUCUUGUAUAAAUUUUAUAUCCACUAGUGAUUCUGUUUGGACACCCAGUGGAAAAGAAAUAUAGGCAGACCAGUGAACAUUUAGUUUAGAGACUUGUAAUAUUUUGUAAAUAUUUUCUUAGCAAUAUUGUUGUAUGUAUUUUAUAUAUGUUUGUGUAUGUACAAGUUAUUAAAUGUGCUGUUUAACUUGAUAAAAAUAUAAUAUAAAUCUUAA